AAUAUCACGGAACCUCACUAUUUAUCUAUCGUUGCCCUCUGCCUCUGGCGUCUUCUUCCCAUCACCGGCAAAAUGAUCCCCUAUGCUAUGAAUAGCGUAUGAACCCUUGAUAGCGAAUACCCUUUUACCCCGUAGGUCUUCUAGGGAAAAACCCCUCAAUUUUUCAUCCCCAAUUCAAUAGCUAUCUAUUUAUAUUUUAUUCGUUUGAUUUGAACAUGGAUGGCAACAAAGAUGACGCCUUGAAAUGCUUGAAACUCGGCAAAGAUGCAUUGGACGCCGGAGAUCGACCCCGUGCCCUUAAAUUCCUCACCAAAGCGCGUCGUCUUGACCCAUCACUUCCCGUCGACAAUCUCUUAUCAGCGGCUGCUGAAGCGAAAUCCGACGAUCGGUCUACCCCGGAUCCUCCGCCUGAUUCUUCUCAAUCUAAGCCGUCCGAUAAACCCUCUAUUCGACGGAGGAAUCCACCGGCUGGAUCGGUUUCUUCUUCUUCUCCGCCGGCGGAUGCCGCAGGUACGUACACCGAAGAGCAAGUCGUGACCGUGAAGCAAAUUAGGAAAAAGAAGGAUUAUUAUGAAAUUCUGGGGUUAGAAAAAAAUUGUUCUGUUGAUGAUGUUCGGAAAGCUUAUCGGAAACUAUCCUUGAAAGUUCAUCCCGAUAAGAAUAAAGCUCCAUGUUCCGAGGAAGCCUUUAAAUCUGUUUCGAAAGCGUUUCAAUGCUUAAGCGAUGAAGAAAGUAGGAAAAGGUACGAUCUCGUUGGAUCAGAUGAACCUGUAUAUGAAAGGAGAGCUUCACAGUAUCGUGGCGCGGGCAAUGGAUUCAAUGGCUUUUACGAUACUGAUUUUGAUGCUGACGAGAUAUUUAGGAACUUCUUCUUUGGUGGGAUGCCUCCGGCGACUACCCAAUUUCGAAGUUUCAAUUUCGGGCCUCGAAUGGGAGCUAGAACGGGGGAUCAAGGCUCUGCUGGAUUCAACAUCCGAAUGCUGAUUCAGUUGCUACCGAUUCUUCUAAUCCUCUUGUUUAGCUUUUUACCAUCAUCUGAGCCUGUUUUUUCGCUGUCCAGGUCGUAUCCUUACGAGUACAAGUUCACAACAAAGAAUGGUGUGAACUUUUAUGUGAGGUCGAAGAAAUUCAAACUCGAUUAUCCGGAUGAUAGUAUUGAGCGGGCAAGGAUUGAGGAGCGUGUUGAGAGAGAUUAUGAAUCUAUUUUGGCUCAGAACUGUAGGCUUGAGCUUCAGCGGCAGCAAUGGGGAUUUAUUCGUGAGACACCGCAUUGAUAUAUGUUGGACAAGUUUCAGUCCACAGCAGCAGCAGCUUAAUGGCUUCCAUUAAGGUGAUAGACUGAUCAAAAACUAUCGGGCUUGUCACGUUGCACCCGUCCAUGGCAAACACAGACCUGCACUCUGUUCUGGACAAUACUCGUGACUUGGUGAAAAACAAAAUCUUUGCAAUUUACGUAGUUUUAAAGGUUUGCGACCCACGUAUAUGUGGGUUAUCAAGCUGCUAAGGGGAGCAUUAGACCACAUACUAAUAUUUGUUAUUGAUAUAUUUGCUAAAUGUAAGAUUUUAUAUAUCGAGAUUGAUGUAUGUCCAGAAUGUUACCUGGACUGAUAUGGCAUAUGCAGACCAUCCAUUUUGAUGUUAAUUGAAUUUAUAUCAACUGAGAAAACAGAUCAAUUCAUGCAA